AUGGAGACUCUACGAGACACUGCCUUUGGCAAGCUUGUCCGCUUAGCCACCCGCUAUCAAUGGAUGCAAUACCCAGAAGAACAAGACUCAUCCAUUUGGGUCGAGUAUCUCAAGACCGAAACGCAGAAAGAAGAGGCUACUUCCAUAGCGGAUACCCAAAAUGAGAACCCUGAUGAUCUGGAAGCCUGCGGGAUCUAUACCGUCAUGUCCCAAGUAUCGACUCGGAGCCGACGGAUGUCAUCAGCUUCCACAAUCGGUGCUCCAGUUCAAUCUAUUGUGAUUAGUUGGCGAGGACCGGAUGAUCCAGAGAAUCCCCAAAACUGGAGCACGAAGAAGAAGUUCUUCGUUAGCACCUUAAUCUGGUUCCUGACUUUCGCCAUUUACAUCGGCUCUUCAAUUUAUUCACCCGGUAUUCCUGGCGUCGAAGAACAAUUCGGUGUAAGCAGUGUUGCCGGUACACUUGGCCUGACACUAUUCGUCGCAGGCUACGGACUUGGACCAAUGAUCUGGGCACCAUUAUCCGAAAUCCCAAUGAUAGGUCGAAGCCCAACAUACGUCCUAACUCUAUUCGUCUUCGUCUUCUUCAAUUUCGGCAUCAUCUACGCCAAAAACUUCGGCAUGCUUCUCGCCUUCCGCUUUUUAACCGGAUUCAUCGGUUCGCCCGCUCUAGCCACUGGUGCCGCCUCAAUGGGCGAUAUCUGGAGUCCCAGAAUCCGAGACUACAUGAUCGGUAUCUGGGGUAUGUUCGCUAUCUCCGCACCCGUGCUAGGACCCAUGCUAGGUGGGUUCGCAUUCUCGGCAAAGGGAUGGACAUGGACUAUUUGGCAAUUACUUUGGGUUUCGGCCUUUGCCUUUGUUCUACUAUUCUUUGGUCUACCCGAGACAUUCGCGCCUAAUAUCCUUGCGCGAAGAGCGCGUCGAGUCAGGAGGAUUACAGGCAACUCGGCAUACAUGGCUGAAUCUGAAAUCGAGAUUAAGGAGAUUCAGUCUGUGGAUUUGGUGUUUGAGGCUCUGAUUCGUCCGUUUCAACUUUGCUUCGCUGAACCGAUUGUCCUGCUUCUGAAUCUUUAUAUUGCCUUGAUCUAUGGAAUCCUUUAUAUCUGGUUUGAGGCAUUUCCUAUCAUCUUUGAAGAGCUUCAUGGAUUCAAUCCCGGUGAAGGUGGACUUGCGUUCCUUGGUAUCUUGAUUUCAACCUGCUGCCUUGUUAUCCCAGGCUACUUCUACUGGAAAUAUAAGUACCAGUCUAAGUAUUUUGAUGAGAAUGGGAAUCUCGCUCCAGAGUGGCAGAUGCCACCUGCCUGUGUUGGUGCCUUUGCACUACCGAUUUCUCUUUUCUGGUUUGGUUGGACUGGUAACUUCGCCAGUGUGCAUUGGAUUGUCCCGAUUAUUGCAUCCAUGCUGUUCGCUGUGGGUGGUUGCUUGAUUUUCAACUCUAUCUUUUGUUACCUUGCGCAUGCCUAUCCCCGGUACGCGGCGAGUGUGCUCGCUGGGAAUGAUUUCUUGCGCUCGUCGUUUGGGGCUGGGUUUCCCUUGUUUGCCACUGCAAUGUUUCAUAAUUUGGGGAUUGGGUGGGCUUGUACCUUGCUAGGAUGUCUGACGAUUGUGUUUAUGCCGUUUCCUUUCAUUCUGUUCUUUAGAGGUCGGAAGAUUCGGUUGGCUAGCAAGUUUGCUCGUCAUGACAUUUGA